AUGUCGUACGCAGGCACGACUCCGCUUUUUGCGCCCGGACCCAACCCACGAGCGCCAGCGCUCCCUUGGCGAUCCGAUGACUUUUUCGCUGUCGACGACCGUGUUCGCGGCGGUACAAGUCAUUCACACACUGCCAUCGUCCAAUUUCCUCCUAUCAGUAGGGGUGAACUUGUCUUUUCCGGCUUCCUCGACACCUUGACGCUCGGUGGUGCAGGAUUCGCAUCUCAGUCUUCGACUACUUGCUUUCCCGUCACGCUCAACAAGCAGGACUUUGUCGGUCUCCGGCUAGUGGUUCGUAAGAAUCCAAAUUGGCAAGAACCAACCCCUCCAUACGGCGGAGCCAAUCCGGGAGGAGGAAAAGCGCCGGUCACGUCGUUCGUGUUCGAAAUCAAGACCGAGGAGCCCGAGAGGCGGCCGGAUGGGAGAAGGCAAAGCGUCAUUGUUUGGGAGUGGAGUUUUUCCAUCCCACAACUUGACGGUCAAGAGGCGCAUAGCUUGAAUUUGAUGCAGACCAACGACGACUUUUGGGUCUUUGACUCGACCUGGUCCGAUUUCAAGCCCAUGUAUCGAGGCAGACCUGUCGAUCCAGACAAGGCGGGCGAGUUCCGCCCCCAAGACACGCGCGAAUGGAGCCUCAUGGCACGUAGCAACUUCCAAGCCCAGUCCGGACCCUUUGUACUCCAGCUUCACAGCCUCAGCGCUCUGCCCUCGACAGAUCAGUUCGCAGCCAACUUGCACGCUGACUCAUCGUCGCCCGUCGAGGACAUGCGAAAUCACGCCGAGUCGUGGGUCGACAAAAAGCUCGACCAUUCCUUUCGAGCUUCGUUUCGGUCCCACGUCUCCACACCUGUGACCGAAACGGCACCGACACCGUCAUCACCGAGAUCAUGCGCAGCAGAGUACUAUGGAUUUGCGCUGUUCAUCUUUUCCACGCUCCUAUGGGUCAUAUGGAUAGCUUGGGCUCUGACUCCAGAUACAGUGCUGCACAGUAUCGGGAUCGGGUGGUAUCCGAAUCGCGAGUGGGCGUUCUUGUUGCCCGCGUGGUCGCUGUUUGCUGUGUUGGCAGUGUAUGCGGUGUUCAUCGGUUUGAACGCGAAAAGUACUCCCGAGCUGCGUGAGAUCGUCAAUGUCACAGACUCGGCACAAAACGUUCUACCCAUCUCGAUGAGCGACGACAAACAUCUUUUCGAAGAUCAGCAUGCACUUGCAAAGAGUUUGCACGAUAUCUAUGACCUACCUCCCACCUACGUCUCUCGUCAGAUGCAUCUCUCUCAACCGUCCCCCUCUUUCGGCGUCCAUCAUCAUUCGUGA